CGCCACCGUCGACAGACACCCCCAGCCUCAAUUGCCGCGUCGGCCGCGCGCGACUUUGCCCACCGUCCGUCCCGCGUCACACUCGCUCCGUGCGGGUUGCAAGCCAGCGUUGAAACUGCGCGCGUGCCGAGAAGCCGCCUCCGUUUCGCUACGCUACAACACCCUACCAGCCGUAACCGCGGACCGCGCAACACGCGCGCGCCAGCCAUGGCCAGAUCCGACGAGGCCGAGGUCUUCUUCUACGCCGUCUACACCGCCGUGCAGCAGAUCCCGCGCGGCAAGGUCACGAGCUACGGGCACAUCGCGAGGCUCAUCGGGACUCCCCAGCGGCCGCGCCAGGUCGGCAUCUGCCUGAAGCACCUCCCGCAGGACGCCGGCGCGCCCUUCAACCACGACAACGUGCCCUGGCAGAGGGUCAUCAACGCGAAGGGGAUGAUUUCGCCCAGGUCGCAGCCUUCUGGCGCUCGGGGCCAGGCUGCUGCGCUACAAGAGGAAGGCGUAAUAGUCACGACUGGUGCAUUGGGAGAGCUCAUGGUGGAUUUCUCGGAAUACGGAUGGUUCCCAAAUGAAUUGCCCUCGGAUCUCGAGGAUGAACAGGAGACUAGCUAGUGUACUAGGUAAGAAGGGAUCGGAAGAGCGGCUUCCUGUCUCCCAUCCAGAUCGCUAUUGUGGUCAUGGUUCGUACAUAUCACGGCUUCCAAAAGAGGCGCACAUCUAAUCAGCCGGGCGCCCAAUUGCGUCCCCGGGAGAGAUCUGGUGAAUAGGGACCAGGUUAGCGGUG